AUGAACCACGCCCUUCGGGAGCAUGGGUUGGAAACUUCGAGGCUGCACGGUUUGGAGAUACCGCAGCAUAAAUGCGUCAGUUGCGAUCGUAACUUCCUGGAUCUCAGUCAGUUGGCGGCCCACAUGAAACUGCACGACAAACAGUUACGAUGUCCGCACGAGGGGUGUACGAAUUUAUUUCGCUAUCAUUCUGAAAUGAAGGUUCAUUUGAUCACCCACAGUACCGAACGUCGAUUCCUAUGCGACGAGUGUGGUUACGGUGGCAAAACUCGCAACCAGCUGCUGCGACACCAGCGUUUGCACAGCGGAGAGAAGCGUUACAAAUGCGAUAAAUGUCAGUACACAACAACUCUAGCUGCCAACCUGAGAAGACACGAACGAGUCCACAGCGGCGUCAAACCCUACAAGUGUCUGUACUGCGAUUAUGCAUGCAACACGCAGGAAAAUUUAAGGAAACACGUCCUGAAGACGAAACGUCACGUUGGUAAAUCCGUCUACCCUUGUAAUUUGUGCGACUUCUCAUCCAAUUCAGCCUCUGAUUUUCAACGACAUAUCGAUGUGUCUCAU